AUGGCACACAUAUUCUCUCUCGCGAACCCUGCCCCAUCAGCAUAUCAUGGAGGGAGCCGAUCGGAUGACCAAGUCAAGUUCCCAGAUAGUGGCUUCUUCCAAGGCUUCAACAAACCAUCGCGCCUCGAAGCCGACAUCUUUGAGCUCGAGACGACUGGCACAAUACCCAAAGAUAUAAACGGAACUUUUUUCCGUAUACAGCCAGAUCAUCGCUUCCCACCCUUAUACGAGGAGGACAUACACUUCAACGGCGAUGGUUCGGUUUCAGCAUUUCGUUUCGAGAACGGUCACGUCGACUUCAGGCAGCGAUAUGUACAUACCGACCGGUUCAAGGCGGAAACGAAGGCGCGCAAAUCUCUACUUGGCCGAUACAGAAACCCAUAUACCGAUAAUGAGAUGGUGAAAGGUAUUAUAAGAACAGCUUCCAAUACUAACAUCAUCUUUUGGCGCGGGGUGCUGCUAGCCAUCAAGGAAGACGGCCCACCUUUCGCUAUGAAUCCAGUCACACUAGGGACCAUUGGCCGAUAUGACUUCGACGGUCAAGUACAAUCUCCAACUUUUACUGCGCACCCCAAGUUUGAUCCAGACACAGGAGAAAUGGUAUGCUAUGGCUAUGAAGCUGGAGGUAACGGGUACGAUGCCAGUUGUGACAUCGUAGUAUACACGAUCGACAAAGAUGGGAAGAAAACCGAGGAAUGCUGGUACAAAGCACCGUUCUGUGGGAUGAUACACGACUGUGCUAUCACAAAAAACUACUUGAUCCUACCACUCACACCAAUUAAGGUCAAUGCUGAAAGGCUCAAGAAGGGCGGCAAUCACUUUGCGUGGGACCCAGACGAAGACCAGUGGUACGGCAUCGUGCCUCGUCGCAAUGGAAAGCCAGAGGAUAUUGUCUGGCUACGCGCCGACAACGGCUUUCACGGUCACGUCGCUGGCUCCUACGAAGACUCGUCGGGACACAUCGUCGUCGACCUGACCAUAGCUUCAGACAAUGUCUUCUUUUUCUUUCCACCAGACAGCCAGGCAAACACACCCACGACGUUGCUUCAACGUAACAAGCUCGUCUCUGACACUUACCGCUGGGUCUUCGAUCCCAAAACCCCCACGAACACACGGGUACAACCUCAUAAGCUCUUUGGUAUCAACGGCGAGUUCUCACGAAUUGACGAUAGAGUUCUAACGAAAAAGUACAACCACUUCUGGCAAUGUAACAUCGACCAGAGCAAACCGUAUGACUUCCCGAAGUGUGGCCCGCCCGCCGGUGGUCUCUUCAACGUACUGGGACACUAUGAGUGGGACAGUGGGAAGAAAGAUACAUUCUGGGCAGGACCGACAUGUACUUUCCAAGAACCGGUUUUCGUUCCAAAGGCCUCGUCUUCUCCAUCAGACUUCGUGGAAGGCGAGGGAUACAUCAUGGCUUUGCUCAACCAUCUCGAUGUUUUGCGCAACGACAUCCUCAUCUUCGAUGCGCAGAACCUCUCCCAGGGGCCGCUGGCUGUCAUUCAUCUACCUGUCAAGUUGCGUCUGGGUCUGCACGGUAAUUUCAUCGAGCAGAAAGACAUUGAUGAAUGGGCGGAGAAGCGGAAGGAGGGCGGUGAGGUUGGGCCGGCGGUACCGGCGAAGGAGAUGUUGCCGUGGCAGAAGAAGAUGGCAGAGGAGGAGGGCCUUGGAGUUGCAGUGCCAGUACCAGAGAAAGACUUUUUCAAUGGGUCGAACGGUGCGAUUGGACUCAACGGUAGUUGA